AUGGAUUACCGGAUAUAAUUUCUUUCCUGGUUUCCACUAACCUGCGCCGCUGGCCGGUGAUCCAACCCUUGACCUCCUCUCCGCCCGCGCAAUCCCAACCGUCCGAUCAGUCCUCUUCAUCUUCUUCAGUACUAGAGGCUUCAGCUCCUGUAUGAAGUGCCGCGACGAUGACGCGGCAGCGGUGGUUGCGCGCUCGCUGUUGCGGUGUGUGAAUGUGCGGACCGGGUUCGACUGAGGAAUCGGAAACCCUAGAAUUUUCAUCGGAGGUUUUAGUCCAUGGAGGUUUUGUAGUCUUGGCUUUGGUUUAGCUAUGGAUCAUCAUAAGGAGCUCAAUUUGAACAAAGGACCUGAAGUUUGCGGCGGCGGCGGCGGCGGUGAGGGGUUUAUAGAUAGGAGCAAGGUGAGGAUUUUGCUCUGCGAUAACGACGAGUCGAGCUCCGAAGAAGUUCUUAGGCUUCUUCUGAAAUGCUCUUAUCAAGUUACUUCGGUGAAGUCUCCUCGGCAAGUGAUCGAUGCAUUGAAUGCGGAGGGACCUGAUAUUGAUAUCAUACUUGCUGAAGUUGACCUUCCAAUGAGAAAAGGGACAAGAAUGUUGAAGUACAUCACCCGACAUAGAGAGUUGAGGCGCAUUCCUGUGAUCAUGAUGUCGGCACAGGAUGAGGUAUCUACUGUUGUUAAGUGCCUGAGGCUUGGAGCGGCAGACUAUCUUGUAAAGCCUUUACGAACUAAUGAGCUUCUGAACUUGUGGACACACAUGUGGAGAAGAAGACACAUGCUUGGACUUGCAGAGAAGAACGUGUUGAGUUAUGACUUCGAUACGGUGGUAUCAGAUCCUAGUGAUCCUAAUACGAACUCAUUCUCGGAUGAUACAGAAGAUAAGUCUCAGAAGAAUGCCGAUCCAGAGAUAUCUGCGGCUGCUGUUGCUGCUGCUACGGAGCCUCCACUGGAUGAUCAAUUAGAGUUUCAGAGUGAUGUUCCAGAAAUAAGUGACCGCCAAACUGGAAAGUUUUCAUCAGGCCCAAAAAAGAGCGGACUAAAGAUUGGGGGGUCAUCUGCCUUCUUUACCUAUGUCAAAUCAAGCACACUUGAGAACAACUCCCAAGUCCAUACGAAGGAUAAUGGUUCUGAACGGUCAAGAGUGGAAGAGACACAUCCAGCAUGUAAACAAGUGGUUGAUGAAUCUCCUCAAGUAGAUGGAAAUGGAGAAGCAUGGGAAAGCUAUUCACAAGAAGAUGACUUUCCAACCAGUAAUAGCAUCCCAGAUUCUCUUUCAUUGGAGAGGUCUUGCACCCCACCUGGAUCAAUGGAACUUCAGCAUCAAAAGAAUAAUGAGGAAGACAGGUCCUCUCAAGUGCCUGAGCAUCCAAGAAACGAACAUCAACACGAUGUUUCUGGAUCGCCUGCCCAGGCUUCGUAUCCUUACUAUAUGUCAGGGGUUGUCAAUCAAGCUAUGGGGUCAUCAUCGACUCAAGUGUAUCAAAAGAAUCUGCAUGACAUGCAAAAUCAUGCCGCAGCUGCAAUUAUGCAACACUACGGUCAUCUACCACACUGCCAUCCACAUGUUAAUGGGAUGACUUCAUUCCCCUACUAUCCGCUCAGUAUAUGCUUACAACCUGGUCAAAUGCCUAACAAUCCUUCAUGGCCAUCCUUCGGAAGCUCAUCCUCCAACGAAGUGAAAUUAAACAAGGUUGACAGAAGAGAGGCAGCAUUGAUUAAAUUUCGGCAGAAAAGAAAGGAGCGUUGCUUUGAUAAAAAGAUCAGGUAUGUUAAUCGUAAAAAACUUGCCGAAAGGAGGCCUCGUGUAAGGGGACAAUUUGUGAGGAAGGUAAAUGGUGUAGAUGUUGAUCUCAAUGGGCAACCUGCUUCUCUUGAUGAUGAUGAGGAUGAUGAAGAUGAGAAGGAUGAUGAAGAGCUUGCAUGAUUUACCGGAAGAUAUUGCUUCUUGAUACUGAAGUCAUCCAUUUUUGCUGGUUAUGAGGCAGACUAUUUUUAGUUCCCAAGUGCAAUAAUUUCCUUGUAGUUGUAGAAUGUUUGUUGAGGAAGUUCCUGCGUCUUGGGGUAUUCACUAAUUGGAUGAUAGGAAUUGGUGCUGCACUUUCCAGCGAAGUGUCCUGAUAGCAUCACCAUAUUGGAUGGAGUUGAUCAAGGAUGCAAACUUCUGGAUAUAAUAUCCAUCAAGUUGAAAAGAUUAGAUCAGUUAAAAGUAUCCCUCUGCUCAUUGUUCAGCAACCCAAGCUCAGAUGUGUCAUGUCUGAGCUCUUCAACUUUUAUUCCAGCAAAAACUGGGUGGAAACCAUUCAUCGUUUAUUCAUCAAAAUCCAAACGGGCGAUGGGUUAGUCUUUCAGAUUUGUUUGUGAUGUUUGAGAUCUCAAAUAACAUUCUUCCUUUCUCUUUUUUGUUUGUAUGAAAUUUUACGUUUCAUUAGGAGUUCAUAAUCCAAGCCUCUUCCGUUUUCUUUAGCUCAGUAAAACA